AUGACACCAACCAAGAGAGAUAAGGAAAUUCCCUCCUGUUUCACCGACACCAAAGGGGUAGUCACAUCAACCAUGAACGACCUCCCAGGCUAUAAAAUUAAGUCUGUCCUCGGGAUAAUCUACGGUAUCACCGUGCGAACGCGAAACUGGGGCGCGGACCUAGGCGCCGUAGUGCGAUCAGCCGUCGGGGGAGAAAUCCGUUUCUUCACUAAUCUGAUGUAUACGUCGCGGGAAGAGGCGAUGGAGAGACUGGUGGGUGAGUGUAUGAGUCGAGGUGGGAAUGCGAUCAUUGCGGUGCGGUUUGAUGUUGCGAGUUUUGGGGCGUGUUCGCAGAUUUGCGCGUAUGGGACUGCUUGUUUGGUCGAGAAGAUUGAGGAGGAGGCUUGA